AGGGGGACCUGCUUUCGCAUCAGCUUUCUUAUCUUUUGCUUUGUGGACUCGAAGUCGACCUCCCGUCUCCUUGCGGACGCUUCACAAGGACGACUGCAAGUAAACUGAGUCUUCUUGCCAGAAUCGACCAAUAAUUGUUCUUCUCCCAGUCAGUAUAAUCAAGCUGGCAAAGGUGACUUGAUAGCUUGUUCUGUUAUUGUGCCAGUUACUGAUGAUUUUAGAUUCCAUUACCUUGCCAGUCACUUCAUAGCAAGUUUAUGCAACAUUGGUUAAGCAAAUACAUGUAGAAUCAUCUGGUAAAUUUAAGUGAAUCUUAGACCACUCAAACCCUCACCUGAACAGCAGCGUAACAUGUCUAGCAGCCAAUUUACUGAAUCAGCUUCUCGACAACAUCCACCUUUGUAUAUACCUCCGUCCAGAAAACCAGAACCUGGAUUACCAAUCACAUUACUGAAAGUUCAGGAGCACACUGCAGCAGAUGGAGAUGCUGUGGUCUUAGAGGGUCAUAAAAAGGGCCCUGAUGACCCUUUUGUUGAUGAAAUUCCUGCAAAUGUCUCCAAACUUCCAAUAGGUAGUGACUUGGAUCAAUCAUCUAGUUCUAUGAAACGAUUAAGUGGACAAGGUACAUCUGUAGAAUUGUUUCAGUCAAACAAGGCUCCAACUUUGAAAGAAACUAGAGAUGUGGAGAAGGAAAUCUUGGAGCAGGACAAUGCAAAAGAUAACACGAUUUCAGCGAAAGUCAGUAAUGGAAGUAGCAAUUUAAGAAACACUGGUGCAAGCGCUAAGGUCAGUGAUCAAGCUGAGAGUGGCAAGAGUAGCUUGUGCAAGGCUAGUACAAGCAGUGAUGCCAGUGACGAAAGCAGUUGCAGUAGCAUGGGUAGCAACAUUAACAAGCCUCAUAAAGCAAAUGAUUUAAGAUGGGAAUCAAUCCAGGCAAUCCGUGCCAGAGAGGGUGUUCUUGGUUUAAAUCAUUUCAGGUUGCUUAAGAGAUUGGGCUGUGGUGAUAUAGGCACUGUCUACUUGUCAGAAUUGAGUGGAACCAAAUGCUAUUUUGCUAUGAAGGUUAUGGACAAAGUUUCGCUUGCUAAUCGUAAAAAGUUGCUUAGAGCACAAACAGAGAGGGAGAUAUUGCAAAGCCUCGAUCACCCCUUUCUUCCUACAUUGUAUACCAACUUCGAGACAGAAAAAUUUUCUUGUUUGGUGAUGGAGUACUGUCCAGGAGGAGAUCUGCACACCCUUCGGCAGAGGCAGCCUGGAAAAAGUUUUUCAGAACCAGCAGUGAAGUUCUAUGUUGCCGAAGUUCUCCUUUGUUUGGAAUACCUGCAUAUGCUUGGCAUAAUCUAUCGUGACUUGAAGCCGGAGAAUGUCCUUGUCAGAGAAGAUGGUCACAUCAUGCUCUCAGACUUUGAUCUUUCCCUCCGCUGUGCUGUUAGUCCCACCCUCAUUAAAUCCUCAAAUCCGGCCUCUGAGUCUAAAAGAAACAACCCUGCCUUCUGCAUCCAACCUUCUUGUGCUGAACCGUCCUGCAUUCAGCCUACCUGUGCAGUCCCCACUACAUGUUUCUCGCCUAGAUUGUUCUCCUCCAAGUCCAAGUCGCGAAAACAAAAGCUCGAGAUUGGAAACCAGAUCAGUCCUCUUCCCGAGCUCAUGGCAGAGCCUACUGACGCAAGAUCCAUGUCAUUUGUUGGCACUCAUGAGUACUUGGCCCCUGAGAUCAUAAAGGGUGAGGGCCAUGGGAGUGCUGUCGACUGGUGGACCUUUGGUAUUUUCCUAUAUGAGCUUUUGUUCGGAAAGACUCCUUUCAAGGGGUCAGGCAACCGCGCCACGCUGUUUAAUGUGAUCGGUCAACCCUUGAGGUUUCCAGAGUCUCCAAUUGUGAGCUUCUCUGCAAGAGAUCUCAUUCGGGGUUUGCUGGUGAAGGAGCCCCAACACAGGCUUGCUUACAAGCGAGGGGCUACGGAGAUAAAGCAGCAUCCUUUUUUCGAGGGUGUAAAUUGGGCUUUGAUUAGAUGUGCAAGCCCUCCUGAUGUUCCAAAACCCAUAGAGAUUGGGCAACACAAUGGAGCAGGGGCAUCAACUAGUCAGAAAGCAAAACCUACAUCUGAAAAAGCCUCAGAUAAUUAUCUGGAGUUUGACUUCUUCUAAUGUCAUAUUCUUGACUGGUUUUUAAAGAUCUCAUUCUGGCUGUAUUUGUUUUAUUGCCCUAAAAGUUCUCUGUUUUUUUCUUCUUCUUCUUCUGUUGCAUAUGUUAUUCAAUAUUUGGCUAGAUAUUCUCAUCUCUGGUGAUUAUUAUCCAAGACCUGGUUGUUUCAAUCAUUAUAUGAAUGAAAAGUUAUAAUAGUUUAGCUCUUUUAUGCUAAA